AAAACUGCGAGGGGUCGGCCGGCCCUCUUGCUCCACGGGUUACACUGAACGAGACACAAACCCGCCAUUUGAGCAGAAAACGGAGAAGAGAGAAAGACACACACAUAACAAGAAAAGAGAAAUAGAUAGUCGGAGUGAAUGAGAGAGAGGGAGCGGAUGCUUUUCCGUCGGAUUCACGUCAAAUUUAGGCUGUAAGGAUGUGAAAAGGUUAACUUGGGGGGAAAUCUGCUUCGGAUUAGUUCACUCGUUACCGAGGUAUCCGUAACCAUUCGAACCAUCCUUCUGUUUGAGAUAUCAUUUUCUACGCAUUUAUAGAACCGAGCGGUCGAUUUUCUACAGUCUCUCGACAAUCUUCUUUGAUUUCUCAGUUCGCCAUCGUAAAACGUUUGCCUGAGGUGAAAACCAGCGAGUGAGAAAGAUAUGACGACAGAAACAGAUGUUCGGAGAUCCUAAUUAAGAUUGUUUCAGAAGCCAUCCCAGUUCAGAAAUGAUUCGGCGAAAAAUGACCGUGUCACAAAGCCUAUGGCCAUUUAUGUCCAGUUUGGCGUAUCUGUUGACCUACACGAUAGCCAGUGGUCAAGACUGCCUGGCACCUGCCCCCUGUGAGUGUCCUAUUAACAGGGAUACGAAGACAACGAUAUUUGACUGUGCAUCACAAGGGUUAACAAAAUUUCCAUUGUUUACGAACCAAUCCAAAUAUCUACCCGUGAGGGCUAUACUCCUAGGGGGGAACAAACUCAGAUUUCUGGACGAGGAGGAUUUUUACCCGUUCCGCAAAACUCCGCUGUUAGCUCUCAACUUUAGCAACAACCAGCUCUUUGAGACCAAUUUGGCUGGCUCGGUGUUUCGUUACGUCCGGGAGAACCUAACGUCAUUAGACCUGUCGAGGAACCGUUUCGACCUUGAGACCUUGCCUUGGCCAUUUCUCAGCAAACUCUCGAGUUUAAGGCAACUGAUACUGAAGGGGAAUUUCCAAACCAUAACUGGUUCUCCGCGUAUACAGGCCAAUGCCUUCCAAGGGCUCAAUUUUCUGGAAAAACUUGAUAUAUCAGGAUGCUCAAUUCAAUCACUUGACUCAAGAGCAUUUUCCGGGCUCGGGCAAUUAAAGCACUUAAACUUAGCGGCAAACACGUUCAGGUACGUGCCAGAAGAAGCAUUAGGAAUUUUAAACAACCUCAAAGCGCUGUCACUGGCGGACAACUUUCUGUUGGGAAUUUCCAGAGACGCGUUUCAGAACUUGGUCAGCCUCGAGGAGCUGGAUUUGAGCAAUAACUGGUUACAGCAUGUCAAUGCGUUUUCAGUCGGUUGCUUUGCAGGCGUGAAUCAGACUCUAAAGCGAUUUUUCGUCCGGCACUGUCACAUCUCGUAUUUACCGCCUAGUGUACUUUCGCCUCUCGGUGAAUUACAACUCCUUGAUUUAUCAGAAAACAACAUCGAGUGGUUAGAGCCCGGGUUGUUCAUGCCCCUUAAGAAUCUUCGCGAGUUGCGAUUAGGAGGAAAUCGAUUGGGAAUAACAACUGGGCAAUUCAUAGGGCUAGAGAGUUGUUUGAAAUAUUUGGAUAUUUCAAAAUUAGAACUUACAAAGAUGCCAAUGGAUUCUCUCAAGAACUUGACAAAACUUGAAAAGAUUGAUGCUUCCUUCAAUGCGUUCACGGAGAUUGACAACAUUACAUUACAGGGACUGGAUGUGAGAGAAGUCAGAUUAGCAGGAAUGCAGAUUGCAUCUGUUGCGCCGGACGCAUUCACAACCUUCACAACCCACCAAGGCAACGUGGUGUUGGAUCUAAACGGAAAUCUCAUAAAUGAAACAACUUGGGUGGAUCCAGUGAUUUUUGAAAGGGUUGACCUGAGAGAGAACCCUCUCCACUGUGACUGUAGUUUACACGCACAACUGUCAGAACUGUCGAAAAUAACAAAGAAGGCGCUCAUUCUUGGCCACUGCAAAUCGCCCUUGGAGUUCAAGGGUGUGGAGAUAAACGACAGGUUCAUGCAAAGAGCCGAAAAUUGCCGAAGCGAUACGAUCAGUUCGGCUUCUGUAAGAUUCUGUUCACAUAGCUGGUUGUUGCUGAAUAUUUUGCAAGGUUUUUUUUUUUUACUGUUUUACUUGGAAAAGUACAAGCAAUGUUUUGAAAGCCGUGAACUUUGGCGACCCUUCCUGCUAAGCACGCACAAAAGACAAUCGCAGGAUCUCCAGAGAAUGAGACAAAGUAUAUCGCCUAAUCACACAACCAGAAAAUACUUCAUCAGUCCUAUCAACCUGAAAACGAUGUUCUCCAAUAUGCUGACUUUGAGUGUGUCGGUGAUGGUGGCUGUAUGUAUUGGAUUAUCAUCAGCAGACGACAAUUGUCCCGCGUCGCUGCCAUGCACGUGCAAGGAUGACACCGACCUCGUGACCGGAAACCCAAUCUACGUCAUCGACUGUGACAAAAGAAAUCUCACGUCAGUUCCAGUUUUUACAAGAUACACAGGGAAAGCAAUCGACAAAAUAAUCCUUUCGAAUAACAGAAUUAAGAACAUUUCGGAAACUGCCUUCAGUGCAUUUGACGGCAAAGUAAAAGGGUUGGACUUUUCGUACAACAUACUAGAGCGUAUCCACGUUAACGCCUUUCGUCCAUUUCGCGAGUCUUUAAACUUUCUCGAUUUACAAGAUAACAGUUUCGACUUGUCUACGCUACCUUGGGAAUUUUUAACGGUAGUGCCUAAGGUGACAGAACUCGACAUACAGGGAAGUUACAAAUACGCCAAUAAGAUGCUCCCUGCCAACGCUUUUCUCAACUUGCCAAACUUGAAGAAGCUUAUUUUAAGUCGGUCUUAUCUGACAUCCGUGCACCCAGACGCCUUUAACGGCUCUACAAACCUCGAGAAAAUCAAUUUAUAUGGGAACAGUUUGACUGAUGUCCCUGUCGAGGCUUUACGUGGCCUAAAAAAGCUCAAAGAUUUCGAUAUUGAUGCCAACGAUAUCAAGUCUAUACCAGCAAGGGCAUUUGAAACACUGGAUAGUUUGGAGGAACUUACACUGAGCCGCUUGGAUCUUUAUGAACUAGACGCGAUACACCCAGAUGCUUUUAUUGGUAUUGGAGACAGCCUUAAGCGACUCUCGUUUUACAGUUCUUACCUCUCGGUUUUACCGCACCGGGCUUUCUCUCCUCUGAAAGCACUCACCGAACUUGAUAUCACAUUUAACGAUAUAACGGAGUUUCCACCAAACGCCUUUUCUGCAUUAGUUAACCUCAAGACUUUGGAAAUCAGCGGAAACCCUCUUAACUUCACUACUGACAUGUUUCUUGGACUCGAAGACAGAUUGGAGACAAUCAUAAUGCGAUCCCUUAUAGGCUACACCAACUCACUUCCGCUUGAGUCGCUUAAAACGCUGAAAAAAUUGAAAUGGAUUGACGCGUCCAAAAACGGGUGGACACACUUGACCAGGGAGACCAUUGCAGGGCUGGAUGUCGAGCGUCUGACCCUACUGUGGAUGGACAUCAACCACGUGGCCCCAGAUGCAUUCGAUGACAUGAAGACAUACCGGGGAUCGCUCUCGAUAGAACUUGACACGAACAACCUGAGCGACACAAGCUGGAUCGAUUCCGUGAUUUUUCAGCAGGUGGACUUGCGCGGGAAUCCCAUUCACUGCACGUGUCAUUUGUAUCGCGAGAUCUCGAGAGGACAUCCGAGAAUGUCAGUUGAUGGGGAAUGCGCUACCCCAGAAGCUUACCAAGGGCUGAUAUUGAAAAGUGGCUUUCUUAAGAAAGCGAGAGAGAACUGUGGUCCUAUGCCGGUAGAUAAUUGCCGCGGACCUUUCUAUACCGCUAGCGGUCGUCAGAACUCGUUAUGUUUUGGACCACUGACAGUAUUAGCUUUGUUUUUAGCCGCACUGAGUUUUAGUCUCAACCAGUGAUAGAU